UUUUGUUUUAAUCGCACAAUACUGGAUCUUCAAUGAGUCGUGUUCUAUUUUUCACUCGGCAACCCGGCAUAUCUCUGCAGAUUUCACUCGGCCAACUUCGGUUAUUCCUCUACACCAAACCAUGUUUCCAAACAGAGUUAUCUUUCCGUGACCCGCAAAUUAUAUUUUUAACAAUGAGUUGAAUUCUAUUUUUCACUCGGCAAACUUCGACAGAUUCCGGAAAACCUCGGCAGAGCUAUAUAUAUAGAAACUAUAAUAUAGCCAAAGAAAUAUAUACUGACAGUAUAUAUUUCAAUGAUAUAACUCUACGACUUGAUCCUUGAUACAUUUUCCAAACUGAGUUAUCUUCUCGAGACAAUAGGCCUAUUGUAUGAUUUCCCUACCGAUCGCCGCCAUUUGGAACUACGACACUGCCGUCACUUGACGUGGUCUGAGUGAUAAGCAGUACAGCGAAGUUAAGAAUUCGGUGAACAACCUGCUCCGCCACAGGUUGUCAUUUUUAUAUCAAGUGCUUUUUUGGAAUUCCAGUCGGAAGACGAGCUAUAGGGCAUUGCACUUCGAUCGUUGGGGAGUUCACCUUAAUGCUGCAGGCAAUCGUCUUUUUGCCAAUUCGAUUCGUGCAGCAUUUAUGAUGGCUCUUUCCCUAUUCAACGAGUGAACUGUUCACUUGUUAUUAUUAAUUCUAUCGUUGUCCAUUUUCUUGGUGGGAGCAUUAUGGUUUAGUAAUGCACCACAAUGCACUACCGGUAGCCUUCAAAUCUUAAAGUUAAACCUUAGUAAAGUGACUCAGGUGUUUGACAUUUGUUUGAGAAUUCUCUGAGUUGUAAAGUUGGAAUUAGACCAGAUUUUUUGAUCGAUGGCAUGGUACAAGGAAAGAACGGAUCCUUUUUCACUGGCCGACUUAAUCUGGGUGGUGUGUUCCUAGCCAGAGCUAUCGGCAUCAACAAGAAAGAAAUCAAACUGUCAUGUUUCAAGAAGGCGGUGGAACUUUAUCGUACCCUUCCUGUCACUGAAAUUUUGAACCAGGAUGAUAUGACCCCAAAAGUUAUCAAGGAGAAACUGGAGAAUUUUAACUCGACCGUUGCUAAGAUGGAGAAAGAAACAAUUGCAGAGUUACCCCCACCAUCUAUUUUGAAACAGAUCCAAGAUAUUCUAACCAAUCCUAAAUAUGCUUCAACCAAUUCAAUCAGCAAAAUGGAGUUGGCGGCCCCUGUGGCUAAAUGUCGAGUCCGUUGUCGAUAUGAUGUAGAGAGUUGUAAAGCUGAAUCAGGGAAAGUUUAUCAUAAGGGCAUGUACUUUAUUGACAACAUACUACAAGGUGCAGGUGUUUCAGUUUCCAAAAAAACUGCUAAGUCAUUGUGUUAUAAUAUGGUGGUUGAACGACUGACCACCAUGAAUGUUGAACAUGGUAACAUCUUAGAUGGUGUCGAACAGUCUGUCAUAACAGAAGCAGAAGCACAGGUUCAGAGCACUUUGGUAAAGGCAGCACCAAAUCCUAGGGCAUUUGAUCUCCGUGAAAAGUUUGUCAAAAUGAACGAACUUAGCAGUGCCACGCAUCCUGCAUCCAUCAUUACUGUCUUGGGUGGAAUUUUCAACGAUGUAAAAUUGACGCCCAUUUGUCUGUACCGUCGUAGCAUGAACACAGAAAUAGAACCGAACAGAUGCCCAAGCAGACGCUUACUCUAAAGCCCGAGAGGUUUUGACGAACUGUGACCCCGAGUUCAUCCCCCCCCAACACAGUAAACUUCAACCACACGACCAAGCAGCAACAGAUGUUAUCGACUUUCGUGUCAAGGGCAACUGCAUUUUGGAAGAUAACUGUUCGAAUCUUCAUCGCUUACAAUGGACCCGAAAACCUAUAUCAACACUACCAGCCAAGGAUAUCGUUGUCUUUGAGGACGUCAGUUGGAUAGUAGAUCGUAAAGUUCAAGGUUUCUAUAUUUUACAACAUUCAUGUUUUGUCAACAAUAUGUUGUUGGAAUGGGAGUUUUUUGACAAUGAUGAUCGUGUAUUCAGAUGUCAGAUGAAGAUACAAAAGGAAGAUGUUGGAACCGAACCUGCAGUGUCUCUUAGUAAGAUAGGCUCUAGAAAUUUUGCAGCAGCUGAUAUCUUGUUUAAGCUCUAAGAAACACAACCAGUCAUAGAGAUUGAUAUUUGAUGACAGAAAUUCCUCAAAAAAUGAACCUGCACCAGAAUUCCACAUGUGUCUGCCUGGAAACAGCGAGUAUACAGAUCUCCAUGCUGAUCACUUACAGAACUUCCCUAAUGUGACCAAACAGAGAGUAGUGGAUUUCUUACAACUAAGUGACCAAAAGUUGAAUGAAAAAAUUGAACUUCUUUAUGCACAGAGGUAUCUAAGAUAUGUGCGUGUAGUCAUAAAUGAUGUAACAUAUAUAACUUCCAACGUUUGGGCAGAAAUGAAAAGAUCAACAAGCUACAAAGUGGACAUAAGUAUAGAUAGGAAUGCAGUGAUCCAGCAAACUCAGUGUGAAUGUGCAGUAGGACAAGGACCAUUGGCUCAUUGUUUUACAAAAAUUUCACAAAAGUAAGCCCAUGAAAGGUAGUCCAUUGAAAACAAGGAACCUGAGUGGAAUCAGAGGAAAUGUGAAGCCUGCUAUUUAUGAUCCAAGACCAGUGCAUAGGAAGAAUUCUUCAAAAAAUGAACAAAACUUGAGAAACGUGGUACUUAACUGGCAGGGAAAAUCAAAGUGGCCUGUGCUACAAAUGUAUGAAUCAGCCAACAUAAGAGCCUUAGCAGCUGACCAUGACUACAUGGAGCUGACAAUGGAGGAUCACUUUCUCAAGACUGAAAAGGUAUCCUGUAUUUCAAAGGCUGAAAUCUAUGAAAUUGAGCAGCAAACCAAAUACCAAAGUGCAUGUGACAGGUGGACAGCAGAAAGACGAAAACGAAUUACAUCUUCUAAUUUUGGAAAUAUAUGCAAGGCCACUAUAAAGAGAGACAUUGAUAUGCUACUGAGGGGUCUAUUACACCCAGUAAAUCUAAAAACUAAACAAACUAUGUAUGGGAGACAAUAUGAAAGUGUGGCAGUGGAGAGUUUUGAGACAUUGACAAACACUAAAACUAAGAGUUGUGGACUUUUUGUUAGUGAGACACACCCUAUGCUGGCUGCCUCACCAGAUAGAGUCAUUGACGAUGAAACUCUGGUAGAGGUAAAGUGCCCGUACUCAGCACGAAAUUAUUUAAUUUCUGAACAAACGGUUCCAUAUCUGACCAUAACUGAUGGGAAGUUAACCCUAAAAAAAACCCAUAACUAUUACUAUCAAAUACAAGGGCAGUUGUUUUGUGCGGGUAGGAGACAGUGCAAGUUUAUUGUUUUUACUUUGACAGACAUAAAAAUCAUAGACAUCUUUUAUGAUCAUGAAUUUGUUAUGGAAAUGUUGAAUAGACUCUCAAGUUUCUAUGAUUCACAUUUUAAGAAUGCCAUUUUGAAUAAAUAUUUAUUUAAUAAAUAAAAAUAUAUCAGAGUUAAUAUGUUUUAUUCUAUCCAAUGUUACAAGAUCAAUACACGUCAA